AUGCACUCCAACUUCGCGCACAUCUCCCCAACUACCGGCGGCCCGAGGAUGGGACUCGGAUGCGGCGAAGGCGCUAAUGUCGAGUCGCCAUGCGACGGCGCAAUCCUUCGGAGUGGCGGCCGAGAGGAUGAGGUUGACGUUUGUGCACAUGUUCAACGCCAACAACAACAUCAGCACCACCUGUUUGGUCCACCACACCCUUCCAACAAAGUGUUCUCUGCCUCGAUGGCCAUGGCAGCAGCAGCUGCGGCUGCGGCGGCUGCUGCCGCGGCAGCCAGUCCCAAGACGACACCGACUCGGUUCCGACGCAGUCCGUUGGCACGAGCGAGUCCCGGUCGGUCGAACGGCGCCCGGCAACCGGGCGCUUUUGGGGAGCAAGCAAAUGCAAGGCAUGACACGCGAAAUGACAACAACGACGAAGAGGACGACUACGACGAAGAGGAGGCGGACGACGAGGUUGACGAAGAGGGACAAGUGACAAAUGAGUCGGUGGCAUCUGCUUGCCCAUUGGCCAGCCGUGGUUACUUGAUCUCGGCCAUGGCAACGGCCAACAUAGGCCAGGAGUCGAAGCGAGAGACAGCGUAUCUGCCCACCUUGUCGGGCUACUUGCCGCAUCUUGUUGCUGGGGCAUACGCAACAAACACUGGCUGUCCGAUUUCAUCGACCGGGCCGGGACUGGUAGGAAUGUCAGACGAAACCUUUCCUGUCGCUUCCCUUGGACAACCUUCCUCCUCUUCCGCCUCGUCUUUUUCCUCGUCGUCUUCCAAUUCCUCCUCCUCCUCCUCCUCCUCUUCAUCAUCAUCAUCAUCAUCAUCAUCAUCAGCCUCCUCCUCCUUUUCCGGCCUAAAGUCGACCGGUGGCUACCUGCCCAGUUUGAGCAGCAGCACCGCCGUCAGCAACGCCAGCCAAGGCAGCAGUCCGUCCGUCCUCGGAGUCGCAACCGGGUCCGGCUCACCACCCACCAGCUCGGCCGCUUUUUCUGCCGUAGCCAUGGCUGCAGCCAGCUUCUCCACUCAUCUGGACGACUCAGUCGAGGCCGGUCAAUCUUCGGCCAUCGUCAAUCUGCUGACCGGCGAUGGCGGCAACAGCACAGGCUACCUGACCGCCACCGAAGCACCAGCACAGACCGACCUCGGCGAGUCGGUCACCGCCGCCUUCCGGCAGACGCCCGUCCUGUCGGCCAACUUUCUUCUCGCCAACUCGGCCACCGGCGAGCCCGGCGGCGGCGGCGGCCUCUUCAGCGGCCUCUUCCACGGCCCAGAACACAGCCCACACCCGUCCCACCUCGCCGAACUCCACUCCUCCAUGUCGCAUACACAGCCACAAUCACAGCCACAGUCCCAGCAACAACAGCAACAACAACAACAUCAUCACUCUCUUUCUCAUCAUCAGAAUACGCAGCACAUGCAUCCACCUCACUCGGGAGGGCAUUCUGACCUGUUUCCGGCUGUGCCCAUCGACGGUGAGCAGCGCUAUUCGGUGCUCACGGAGCUCGACUCAGCCGACUACUCGGUCGUGUACGCGGACCACUUGACAACCGGUCAUCUGGUGGACGGGGAGGCGUACGUUGCCGGGGGCAAAGUGGAUCGUCACGAGUCGGAGGCUCAUGACCUCGGCCGUUUUUCACCCUUUCACUCCGAGCCAGCCGUGCCGACCGGUCUGAUGUCUCCGCCUCGGCCCUCAGGCCGCCAACUGACCACCGGUCCGGUCCGGUCCGGUCCGGUCCGGUCCGGUCCGGUCCGGCCCGACUCGAGUCCGCCUCGGCGCGACACUCGCCAGUCGACUUGGCGGCCAGCCGCAGCGCCAACACAAAAGCAUGAUGCGCCCGUCAUCGAAUUCGUCCCAUCCGUCAUGGAACCCGAUCAAAACCCUCCCAGAUUGCCCCCCCUCCCCCACUCGCAUCGUGUACACCAUGUCUCCUCUUCUCCACCCACCGCAUGUAUUUAA